UACUAUUUGUAUUCUUCGCCAUUUUGUAAGACAACUUUGCAGGACUACAAAGGCUUGGUUUUCGUCUAAAAUCACCCAAAAUUGUGAAUAGACUAAACUUCAUUUGAUCAUUGUGUGGAAAAUGGGUGACCGCGACUCUUCGGUGGAGAAGGACCGGUCUCGGGAACGCUCCCGGCGAGAGCGCCCCAGCCGCUUUUCGGAGGCAAGCAGAGAACGGAGUUUGGACCGAGGCCGCGAAAGAGGCGGCAUGAAGUCCUCCAACUGCCGAGUGUACGUAUCAAACAUUCCUUACGAAUACCGUUGGCAGGAUUUGAAAGAUCUGUUUCGAAGUCAAGUCGGUGAUGUCCAAUUUGUUGAGUUGUUUGUCGAUGAUAACGACAAGUCUCGAGGUUGUGGCAUCGUUGAAUUUUCUGAUUCUGCUAGUGUUAAGAAAUGUCUCGAGGUGAUGCAGCGGUUUGAGGUCAAAACUCGUAAACUUAUUAUUAAGGAAGACGCCGGUAACAUCCGCGAUAAGCAUGGCAACAUCAUCGGUGGAUCAGGCAGCAAAAGGGGUCGAGAUGAGAAUCGGUACCGAGACGAACGGUACGAUUCUCAACAGAGUUUGUCGAAUCGGUCGGGGCCUGACGUGCCUGAAAAUAAAUGGGGCAAUACCUACGGGCUUAGCCCGCACUUCUUAGAGUCUCUUCGAAUUGAAACUCCGCUUUGUAAUCGAGUUUUUGUUGCAAAUUUGGAAUAUAAUGUUGAUAAGAAAAAAUUAAAGGAAGUUUUUCGCUUGGCUGGUCGCAUCGUGCGCGUCGAUUUGCAUACAGAUAAAGACGGUCGGAGUCGAGGUUUCGCCAUUAUCGAAUACGACCAUCCAGUCGAAGCAGUUCAAGCAAUUUCAAUGUUCCACAAUCAGGUUUUGUACGAUCGUCCAAUGAGCGUUCGAAUCGAUCGCGCCAACGAAACAUUAAAAUUACCAGAAGGUUUGAAAGGUAUCGGUAUGGGUUUGGGGACCAACGGUGAGCCGUUGCGCGACGUUGCUCGUAACCUACCCUCGACAACAAACAGCUCGCAGCCUUCGAAUCCUGGCGCCGGUCUUCUGGGGGCGGUGCCGAAUCAGGCUCUGCAGAUGGCGAAUGCUUUAACCAGCGUCGUAGGUGGCUCGGCUUUUGGCAAUUUGAGUACCAAUCCUUCAGUGCUUCAAGCGGCCAAUCUCGCUGGAAUGAGUGGACUUUUGAGCGGUAGUCUGAGUAAUGCCGAUCUGUCUUUGGCGAGUAAUCUCGUUUCGAAUCCUCUGGUGCAGAAUAGUACUCCACUUGCUGCGUUGGGGGGAUCGGGAGGUUCGGGAAAUUUGCCCCAAAGUCUUGGUAGUAACAAUUCAAACUCCCAGUCCUUUUCUCGAGAAAACAAUUCUUUCGGCAAUAAUCAGAACAAUAGUUUUGGUCAGAGUCAGAGCUACAGUAGUGGAAGGAAUUUUCAAAAUUAUGAGACUAAAAGCUCAACAGGUGGAGGUUAUAGCUUCGGUGGAGGAAGUAGGGACGGUUACGGAUCUUUGAGUGGUUCUCUUGGAAAUUUGGGAGGUACCGGACAGUUGUUGCGAAAUCAGAAUUCGGCAAGCAACAUUAAAGAUGGCGGCGGAUUUUCCCGAAAAGUUUUGGUUUCGAAUUUGCCGGCAUCAGCUAGCUACAAAAUGUUGAAUGAGAAAUUUAACGAGUUUGGAGAUGUUCAACAUAUUGAAGAGAAGGGGACCGGCACUAUGCUUAUCGUUUAUUCAGCUGAUUGGCAGGCUGAAAGGGCUAUUAGUAUCCUUUACUCCUCUUUGCUUUUACAUCUUUGGACAUUUUUUUGGGUAGUCAAGGUCUGUUUAUUUGAUUUUUGGGGUUCUGACUGUUGUACCUUUCUUCGUCUUUAUCAUUUCGCUUGAUUUUGUUUACGCCCAAUAAUUUUUCCAUGGUUAAUUUCGCACCCCUCUUUCUGAUUGGAAUAUUCAAGAAUCUUAUAAACAGACCUCUUCUCCAACUCUCGACUUUCUACCCCAGGUCGGAUAUUUUUUCCUUAACUUUGUUUCAGAAAAUUUGGAUCGUGCUCGUAUUGACGGAAGAACUAUCGAGGCGCGCUUGUUUUAUUAAAGUGUUUUGAGAAAUGAAUUUGUUUUGUGUAAUGUUAGCAUAAGGUUGAAAUUUCUUUUAAUUAUUUACCAUGGUUAAUUAUGACCAUACACAACAAAGUGUUAGCAUGAGGACCUUUUUUUAUUUUCCAAAUAAAUUAUUUUGCACACUCGGUAGUCUUAUUUACGGAACCUUCUUGGUGGAUUUUAAUUUGUCAAUAGUUUUGGAGGUAAGCACUGAAGAGAAACGGAUACAAUCUCAGGUAUGUAAUGUUUCUAUCUUAUAUUUCCAAGUUGUUCACUUUUCAAAUGGGGCUCUUGAUUGGUUUUUGUUACUUCAUCGAUGUUUCUAAAGGGUGGAAUAUUGCUCAAAUAACAAUAAAAAGAAAUUUCUAAGCACAAUGCUUACUUUUUUAUUUUUAUUGUAGUAACACUUUCGAAUGAUGAAAGAAAAUCGCCUAGUUGAAUUUGAAGAAGAAUGAAAGAUUAUACCUAAACAACCGAGGAUAAAGAUAGGAUUGUAAGAAAAAUAAAUCCUUUUAUUUUUUUGAUUUAUGUUUUAACAGGAACCCCACAUGAACCUACCUACCAUCAUUGAACACUGUUACCCCAUGUAUUAAAAAAGAUUGAAUGACUUGUAUCUAACUUUGUAAAUUGAUAACAACAAAUAAAUGAUUUACAUAU